AUGAUUAAAGGCACGCGACCCUCAACACCAACGCCCCUGAUGCGGUCCGUCUAUCCCGCCCUCAUGCGACAACCCCAGUUGCGACACAGCUCCCAUUCCCCCAUGGGUACGCCUUCUGCGAACCAGAGAAAGAAAGUCACCAUUGGUUCCCUGCGCAAUCUGUACAAGAAGCGCGAGCCAAUUACCGUCAUCACGGCUCACGAUUUCCCAAGUGCCCACGUUGCUGACCAUGCCGGUAUGGAUAUUAUUCUGGUAGGCGACAGCUUGGCCAUGGUUGCACUCGGCAUGGAAGACACGAGCGAGGUUGUGGUUGAGGAAAUGCUGCUUCAUUGUCGUUCUGUUGCAAGGGCUACCAAGUCCGCCUUCACUGUCGGCGACUUGCCAAUGGGCAGCUACGAGAUUGCACCGGAACAGGCCCUGGAGACGGCCAUCCGCUUUGUCAAAGAGGGCCGGGUGCAAGGUGUCAAGCUCGAAGGGGGCAAGGAGAUGGCGCCCACAAUCCGGAAAAUCACAUCUGCGGGCAUUCCUGUACUCGGCCAUGUGGGUUUGACGCCGCAACGGCAGAACUCAUUGGGCGGCUUCAGAGUCCAGGGCAAAACAUCGGACGGCGCUCUCAGACUGCUCGAGGAUGCGCUGGCUGUGCAAGAGGCUGGCGCAUUCGCCAUGGUCGUUGAAGCCGUCCCGGCUGAGGUGGCUGCGCUCGUCACCGAGAAGCUGUCGGUCCCCACUAUCGGCAUCGGUGCAGGCAACGGCUGCUCGGGCCAGGUCUUGGUGCAAGUCGACAUGACCGGAAACUUCCCUCCGGGACGCUUCCUGCCCAAGUUUGUCAAGAGGUACGGCGAUGUCUGGAGCGAGAGCCUCAAGGCCAUCGAGGCCUACCGCGAUGAGGUGAAGAGCCGGCAGUAUCCUGGGCCGGAACAUACAUAUCCUAUUUCCAAGCAGGAACUUGAGGCGUUUUCCAAGACUCUGGAGAGGUUGUGA